CUGUGGAAUCAACGCACGUGUUCUCGGGCUCUGCCAAUCUCCAUUUGCUCUCCACCCGAAUUUUGACCUCGUUCAGGCUCGGUGUUACUCACUGGCCUAGGCGAUUAUCAUCAGGUCGGCCCAGUCGAAAUUCUUGCAUCAUAAGUCAGACAACGUCAACGUUAAACGAAGGCGUAGGCCUAACGUUGUAAUCGGCUGCGCUGAGGAUGUAUCAGCAAGUGAACGGGAAGAAGGCAGCUGGGAAGACUCCGGAGAUGUCACCUCUCCACGAGGAGAUCGUCCGAUAUGUGACCGAUGUUUGGAAGAAUGUUUCCAGAGAAUACGACAAGAGCAGACAGGAUGCCAGAGAAGGAAAUCGUUACGAUCCUCUCGAGAAGUCAUGUUACGACGAGAUCGACAGCCGCAUCUCCAGGGCUUCCGCCGGUUUGCGGGAACUCGUGAGAACCGUGCUUGCCGAAUCCGAAUUUUUAAAUGAGGCGAACUUCGGACGUCGCGAGUCUUCGCUCGGGAUGGCCGCUGAUCCGCUGAGCUCGAAUCCGCUGUCCGGGAUCGCGAACACUGGUAGAUGUUCCUCCGCCUUGCUCUAG